AUGGGGGUUGUGAACGGUGGUAAGAUGAAGUGCGAUGAUGAUGAAGGUGGCCUGUUUGAUGGUAGUGAAGGUUAUGUGACAACAAAGUUUACUGAUGGUGUUGUGAUGUUCGAUAUUCGGGUUUCUAAAGGAGAUAUGCAAGAGAAGAGAAAGGCAGAGGUGUUUAGCAGCGACUGUAAUGGUCUCAGUGGUCAAGGUGUGGUGGGUAACUGCGUCGAAUAUGGGAGGAAUUUUAGAGUAUUUAAUAGAGAGGGAGAGAGUUCAAGGAGAGAAGAGAUGGCGACUCAUCUAGGACCGAUUCAAUUGGCAAAAUCUGAGGAAGACGGGUUCUUCUUUGACCAGUUCAAUUUGAAGAAGAAAGCCAAAGCCUAUUCUUUCUCCACUCCACUUUGCCCUACUCCCCCGUUUCCCCCUUCUCAGCUGAGCCUGUGCUAUCAGUCAAAGCUCUCUCUCUUUCUCUCAGGUGCUUUAUUUCCUAUGGCGUUUGCAAAUUUUCAUGGACUUAGAGCUCUGCAAAUUUCUUCACGAGAAAGCAUUUUCAACCAUGGAAGCUGCCACACACGAACUGAUACAUCCAACAGUAGAUGUUUUGCUGUCAAGGCUUGCAGUAAGAAACCUGAUCAAAACAUUCAUCUUGAAUCUAAGUUAAAUUGGGUGUUGGACAGUGUGAAAUGGGAUGAAAAGGGUUUGGCUGUGGCUAUAGCUCAAAAUGUUGAUUCAGGGGCAAUUUUAAUGCAAGGAUUUGCCAAUAGGGAUGCACUUGCUACCACAAUUGCUUCCAAAAAAGCAACUUUUUAUAGCAGAUCAAGAUCUUCAUUGUGGAUAAAAGGAGAAACUUCUCUUAAUUUCAUCAAUGUUCAUGAUAUCUUCCUUGAUUGUGAUCGUGAUUCUGUAAGUUCUUUUCUUUCAAUGCAUGUAAUAGUAAUCUACUUUCUUUAA